AUGUCAAGUAAAGACAUUAUUCUUUAUAUUAAAACCAAACAGACAACAUUUUUAUCAGGUGGAUUCCUGCAAGGUGAAGUCUGGCUCAGAAUCCCUCGAAACAUUGAAUGCAGAGACAUAAACCUCACAUUUCUUGGAAAAGAAGCCUGCUCCUGAAAAGAAAACUCUCCUUCUAAAUCACAAAGCAGCCCAUCAGAAUCUCACAACGGAAGUAGCAUCAUAAUCCAAAAGGAAUUUAACUUAUACACAUGGCCGAAUCAAGCUCGAAAAGGCGAGUAUAUUUACCCCUUUUCUAUCCAUCUUCCCGAAGAUCUCCCUGGGACUUUUAUUUUACUCCCCCCUCCGUGAGCGAACAAAAAAAUCUUGUUCGAUUACUGAAGGAGUUAAUUUUUUUUUUUUUAAGAAAAAAUUUUCCGAAAUUUUAAAAAAAUCCUAAUUCGCAAAAAAACUGAAAAGCAAAAAAAUUAAUUUAAUUUAUAAAAUUUAUGUUUUAGAGCGUAAUUUGUUUAAAAUUAAACAGAAUUAGCUAUAGAUUUCAUUAUACUAAUAUCGCUUAUAUGUCAAUUAUUUUUUUCAGAAAAAAUUUUUCUAUUAAAAAUUUGUUUUACACUCACGAAGGGUAGGCUUUUGGGCGAAAAAUAGCGAUUUUUCUAAUGUUUUUGCUCACUAACGGAGGGGGAGUUAGAAAAUGACUCAUGCAGUGGAUCAGUAAUAUACACCCUUGAAGCCACGCUCUCCACUGUCCCUCCACAUUCAGUGACUUUGCCUGUAAAUAUUGUUCAGGUAAAUAGACACCAAGUGGACCCUCUCUCUUCAAGCGCUCUUAUGAAAAUUUCAGGAUUUUGCUGGUUUUCAAGAGGAGCUAUUUUUUUGAAAGCAACCGCAAACAGAACGUCCUAUAUAUGCAAUGGGCUUAUUUAUUUAACAUUAGAACUCGAUACUUCGAGAUGCAAAAUUAGCGUUAUAGCUGAAGACUUCUAUUUACAGCUCUGGGCUAUUAUUAGUCUGGGAAAACAUCAGUUGCCAAGUCAAUCUGACAUGUUUAGAAGGACACAGAUUUGCUUAGAGUAGCCAAUCAGGAGUUCUGGGGAUAGUAAUUAUGAAAUCACGCUAUAUAGGACUAUUAUAUUGAAGUCUGAUAAUGGAAAAACAAGAGUAUUUAAAGAAAGCUUGCAUAGCUUUCAGGCAAAAGUGCCUAUAAAACACUCACUUUUAGAAGACGAGGAAAGCGAAGUAGAAAUUCCUUUGGAUUCCUUGCAGAGCGCUAUUGGUGAGAUGUGGACAACUAAAGGAAAGUUUGUGAAUUGUGCAUAUUCGAUUACGGUUCGUGCUUGUAUGGAAUCAGGGUUCUGUGGAAAAUAUUCUUCAGACCCAGAGAUUGAGCUUUGGGUGGAUGUGAAUCCUCAGACUUCUGAAAUUGUGGCGCCUGAACAUUCAAAUUGGAACCCAACUAGGAUGAGGACAGUUGUCAUAUCUAAGGAAUAUAGCAGACUAUAA